AAGUAGAAAUAUCGUUUGAUCAUUUGCAAGCAUUGGUUACGUAUAUCAAUCACGCGACAGGCAUCGAAAGGAAAACACGAUCGCAGAUUUCCGACGACCUUGAGCGUCUCGGUUGCUACUCAGUGGACGUUUGUAGGAAAGUGACGUCUUCGCGUGAGCAUACCUUUCCAUAGAUGUUACCUCCACCACAAAGUGGACCCGCGCGAUCGUGAUCGGGAUUGUGUAUAGGUAAGAGGCCUGGCUGUCGGCAGGGUGUCCCGUUAGGGGACCUAGAAGGCCCAGAAGGGGCCACAGCCAAUCGUAUCAACCUGGUUCCGAACACACCGGAACGGAUCCUCGUCCGAUGAGGAUCGCCUGACAACCGGUCAGGCUGGUCAGUCAACCGGUACGAUCUAUUAAUUGAUUCACGUGUGUUUUUCGUGUUGAUAAUUCAUGUCAAAUACUCGGGACUAGUAUGCCGAAAAGUUGAAAUUGUUGUGUGAUAAGGAUGAGAACUUUGACGGCGAAAGUUGAUUGAAACACUGCCAAUCCCUUCGUCGCGAGGACUUUGCGAGGGAUCGAAGCAUGGGCCGCACAGGAUACACGUGCAUCAGGCACGUUUUCUGCUCCCUCAACGUUCUCAUUUGGUUAUGCGCUUGUGGAAUUUUGGGUGCAGGCCUGUGGCUACGAUUGGCUUACUCCGGAUACACGACCUUGGUGCCGCACUACAGUUUCGCGUCAGCUGACUCGUUGCUGUUAGCCGCUGGAUGUGUGACCUUCGUCAUCGCCUUCUUCGGAUGCUGUGGUGCAUGGUUUCAAUCGAGAUGCAUGUUAAUCACGUAUUUUUUUUUGGUAAUACUGAUGUUCCUCGGUGAAUCCAUGUUGGGCACUCUGGCCUUCAUCUUUAGAGAACAUUUAUCGAAGAGCUUGAAGGACGAGCUUCUUUUCGGUAUUGAAAAACAUUAUAAUCUGACCAGGGAACCUGGUACUCUUCCUGCUAUAUGGGACCACAUACACACAGAGUUCCAUUGCUGCGGUGUACGAGACUAUACCGACUGGUUCCGGAUCGACGCAUGGCCGACGGAAGACCGCGUACCCGAUUCCUGUUGCAUACAGAGGGAACGAUAUUGCGGUCGUCUUGGCCCUGGGGAACGAAACAAGGAACAUUGGUACCAAGAAGGUUGCGCAACAGCUAUUCAAAUGUGGCUAGUUACUAGGCUUCACGUGGUCGGAACCGUUGGUCUUGUUGUGGCUUUCCUUCAGCUAUUCGGACAGGUGGCCAGCAUGAUCUUGUUCUGCACUGUCAGGCACAAGAGAUCAUCCCACACGUACAAGAGCUACGAUACUGCGAACACCUAGAAUUUCAGAUGGAUCUUAGACGAAACCAGUGUCUAAGAUCCAUCGAAUCCAACCAAUUAUAUAUUACACGUUACAUUCGCGAUGAUCACGAUCUUCUUCGUGAAAUGUCUGAAGAAGAUUUCGAUUGUCGCAUGCGCUACUCCUCGAGCGAGAUAUGGAUCCCUGUAAAUUUCAUUCGUUGCCUUCGAUGUUAUUCCGUAAUGCCAAGAGGCGAAAAAGACUCCUUUUCUAGCGUAGAAUUUGAGUAGACCAGUGAUCACUGCGAAUCAUCACGACUCUGAGUAAGCGUUAAAGAUCGUUACGAAGGUCGUGAAAUUUCUGCUAAUCCGCGACAGAGAUAAUAGGAUGAGUUAAUAAACGAGCGCGACUUCAAAGAUGCACAAGAUACGCCGUUACUUGGCUCGUUACUUUCGAUAAAUGAUUGCUUUUCCUAAAGGAUCAGCUUGACGAGUUUCUAACAAAAUACCUUCGAUUUAUAGGAAUAACGACGACAUACUGUCGAGGACGGUCCGACAAGUGACUACUAUCACAUCAUUUUAAUCGACUUUCGAUCAUUAGAACGUUAGAUCGUUAGUAUGUGAGAGAAUUUUAUAUCGUAGAAUGCGACUGUUUUAUGUUACCUUGCAUGCGAACCUGUUUAUUCACUAGAGAUAACGUUGAUCGCACGCAGAAAUGACCAAAAUUACGUUUCGUACAGCGAGGCUAUGUUCGAUGAUUUUUUUGUCAAUAUUUUAUUACUUUCUAUUUGUUAAAAAGCUGCCUGGUUGUGCGAACGUGAGCAUUAUUUUUACUCGUUAUCGUUUAAGAUCGAAUCGACACACCCGUGGAACCUGCAAUUUCUAAGAUUUUCCUUUCGCUUAGCUUUAAAUCCUCGGGUGUGUUGGUCUCACGUUUUUACCGUAUUUGAUCGUAUACAACAUUAUCGCGUAGUUGAUAAUUUAACAGCACUUGAGGUCUAAUAUUUGUUUUGAAGAAGCGUGGUUUCGAGUGCAGCUUGUUACGAUAUUACAAAAGUCGUUCACAUUGCAUCACGCUACAAGAUGUUCGACACGAAGUUCGUUACGUUGUACGUACCUAUAUCGUUCGAAUAAUAAAUAAUAUAUUUAUGCGACAAUAUGCUUCAGAUAUCUUUAGUAACCAUCUUGCAAAUAUGUAUAGAUUUUAUGCGAAAUUCACAACUGUAAACACGCGCAGAAUUCAUGAAAUAGCUAAAAAUAUUUGCUAACGUAUUUAGUAGGUGAAUCAUUUUCAAGUCAUUACGCGGAUUCAUAAAAAUAUGAAUUUGCAUAAAUAUCUACAGUCUAUAAAUAUACAUAUCGCACGUUAACAUUGUCUAACGUGUUUUUCUAAUCAACCGGCGAGAAAAUCACUUUGUGUUUCAUAAAACGACACAGUAAAAAAACAAACAAGUUUAUUCGAAUAACAGAAAAACAA